AUGUCUGUCUCCCGUACACCCAAGAGGUCCAACACGGACAGCGAUGAGCUGCAGCUGCUCAUUCACCAGCGCGGCCAGAUAAAAGGCAAAGUGACAAAAAUUAACAACAAUUUGGAAAACGCGGAAGAUGAUCCGUCGUUAAUUAGUGUAUCGCUACUAAAAGUGUACGGCAAGAAAUUGGAAACACAUUAUGCCGAGUACACAGUAGUCCAUCGUGAAGUGAUGGAAAAAAUCCCACCAACUAGAAUAGAAGAACAAGACGAAAAGCUGGAUGAGUUUGAUGUUCUUCAUACCGAAGCGCUCGAUCGGCUAGAGCGUCUAGUGGAGAGUUUUGCCAAACCUGUUCCUACGGUUGCUCUCACUAGUGGUGCUGCCCCGGUGAUCGUGCAAAAUCAUCCUUUGCGACCACCGGUACCUUCUUUCGACGGUCGAGUGGAAAAUUGGCCGAAAUUCAAGGCCAUGUUUGAGGAUCUUGUGAUGAAAAGUGGCGAUUCAGAUGCCGUCAAACUGCAUUACCUUGACAAAGCUCUGGUAGGUGAUGCGGCCGGCUUAAUUAACGCCAAGAUGAUACAAGAUAACAACUUCAGCCAAGUUUGGAAACAGUUAAAAGAGCAGUUUGAGAACAAACGUGUCAUUGUGGAUACACACGUUGAAGGUUUGAUCCAGCUGAAACCGAUGGCGAAAGGCAACUUCAAGGACCUGUUGGAGUUAACAAAGUCAUGUGAACGGCAUGUUGCAGCGUUGCAGUACCAGGGUCUGGCAGUGGAUGAAUUGUCUGGUGUUAUCAUUACGAAGCUGCUAAUCUCCCGUUUGGACGAUCGCACUCCACAGCUGUGGGAACGGAACCAAGCCCAUGGUGAGUUACCAAAGUAUGACGAUACGUUGCUGUUUUUAAAAGGUGAGUGCCAAAUUCUUGAGCGUUUUCAAAAUUCUCGUCAUCCUGUGGCGGCGAAGGAGCCUUCUUCUAAGCCAAUGAAGCCUGUGAAUCAAAAGGUCCAUACUGUCACGUCCUCUAAUUCUGAAAGUCAAUGUAAGAUUUGUGGUGAAAUGCAUCGUCAUUUUGAGUGCCCCGUUUUUGCCAAGAUGCAUGUUUCAGACCGCAAAACCAAAGUAAAGCAAUUAAGAAUUUGUUUUAAUUGCCUCCGACCGGGCCACUGUGCCAAAGAUUGUUCUUCCAAGCGUACUUGUUCGAAAUGUCAAAGACGACACCAUACCCUCCUUCACGAAGAUUUCCAAGCAAAACCCUCCGAGACGGAAACCCUUUCUGAAAAGGAAUCUUGUAGUAUCGUCGCCGAAGCUAGUGCAAGUCCCAAUGUUUUUCCUUCAACAAGCGCCACGCCAUGUUCCUGCAAUCAUUCACAUACUGUAAAAACCGCGAUGCUGUUAACUGCCGUUGUGAGCCUCGAGAGUGCCGAUAGUCAAUCAAUUCCUUGUCGAGUGAUGUUAGAUAGCGGCUCUCAAGUCUCCUUUCUGUCUGAAGCGAUUGCCAACCGAUUGAUGAUUUCCCGUGAGCCGGUGUACGUGCCUAUUACCGGAAUUGGUGGAGCGAAGAUUUAUGCAAGGGAAAAGCUAACAGUAAAAAUCUACUCUCGGUGUUCCAAUUUUUCUACUGAUGUGGAAUGCCUUGUGGUACCAAAAGUAACCAGUAUUAUUCCUUCCGUUAAGAUAGAUGUUUCGUCGUGGCCAAUUCCCGCUGGAUUGCAGUUGGCAGAUCCCACCUUCCAUGUGCCUAGUAAAAUCGACAUGUUGAUCGGUGCUUCGAAGUUUUUCACACUGUUGAAAUCCGGUCAAAUUUUUCUUGAUGAUGGUCUUCCCGAGCUCCAUGAAACUCAUCUGGGUUGGGUUUUCUCUGGCGAAUUCCACACAGAAACCUCCAAUGCUGUUUUAGCUCACACUGCAUCACUAGGUACUCUUAAUGAUACAAUUAGUCGUUUUUGGGAAGUUGAGGAUAUUUCGCUGCCUACAAAGGAGAAAGAUGAAUUAGAUACGUGUGAGGAAAUUUUUCGAUCUACCCAUCGGCGUACGUCAACCGGACGAUACAUAGUCACGCUCCCUUUCCAUGAAGAUAUUUCCAUGCUGCAGGACAACCGAUCUGUCGCUCUUCGCCGUUUUCUGAUGCUUGAAAGACGAUUCAAAAGGGAUUCUACCUUGAAAAAACUUUAUUCAGAGUUUAUUGCUGAGUACGAGGCAUUAGGUCAUUGUCAAGAAGUAGAUGAAGCCAAUGAUGAUCCUUCUCAAGGGCGUUAUUAUUUGCCUCACCAUGCAGUACUGCGACCAACCAGUUCGACAACGAAGUUAAGGGUAGUGUUUAAUGCUUCAGCCAAGCCCUAUCAAGCAGCCAAGUCUUUAAAUGAGGUCCUUCAUGUCGGUGGUGUUGUUCAAAGCGAUAUAUUCAGUAUCCUUCUCCGAUUUCGCUUACAUGUCGUCGUGUUUACCGCUGACAUAGCCAAAAUGUAUCGGCAGGUAUUAGUUGCUGCAUGUCAUACUCCAUUCCAAAGGAUUUUUUGGCGCACGGAAUCCAACCAGCGAUUACGAGUUUUGGAGCUGCAGACUGUGACGUACGGGACAGCUUCAGCCCCCUUUCUUGCCACCAGAAGCCUGGUCCAGUUGUGCAACGAUGAGGGUGAUCGAUUUCCGCUUGCGUCCAAAAUUAUCUUAGAAGAUUGUUAUGUCGACGAUAUCCUUUCUGGAUCCACGAGCGUCGAAGAAGCCGUAGAAGCACAGCGUCAGUUGCAAGAGAUGCUUCAGCUUGGUGGAUUUCCCAUCCACAAGUGGAGUUCAAAUUGUUCGAAAUUGCUGAGCCAAGUCCCUGAAGAAAAUAGGGAGAAAUUAGUACGACUGGAUUGUCCAACCAACAGCGAAGUAAUCAAAACCCUGGGACUCACCUGGAGUCCACAAUCAGAUGAAUUUCUUUUCGUUACGAAGACCUCGGCCGACCCACAUGAAUUAUUCACCAAGAGAAAGGUAUUUUCGGAAAUUGGAAGGUUGUUCGAUCCGUUGGGUUUAGUCUCUCCCAUCGUAGUAGUGGCAAAGAUUCUUAUGCAAAAAUUGUGGACCGCUGGCCUAUCCUGGGAUAAGAAUCUUGAAGGAGAACUGCUUGUUUCCUGGUUGAAGUUUCGAGAUACUCUGCCACAAAUGAAUGAAAUGACGGUCCCUCGACGUGUUAUUUUUCCCAACUUCGUUACUAUGGAGAUCCAUGGAUUUUCGGAUGCCUCGAUUGCUGCGUGCGGAGCGGUUUUAUAUGUUCGAAGUAUUUUUUCCGAUGGAAGCGCCGCAUUGCGACUGUUAUGUAGUAAAUCGAAAGUCGCCCCAAUAGCAGAAUUAAGUAUUCCUCGCAAAGAGUUGUUAGCAGCUCGCCUGUUAUCCAGACUGAUGGUGAAGGUAAUCGAUACCAUAAAGGUAAAUUUCGACGACGUUGUUCUCUGGUCUGAUAGCCAGAUUGUGCUAGCUUGGUUACGCAAACCAUUACCAACCCUCCAAGUGUUUGUUCGCAACCGAGUGACUGAGAUUAUCAAUGAAACACAGAAUUACACUUGGAAAUAUGUUCCGACUAAGGAAAAUCCCGCGGAUAUUGUGUCAAGAGGAUCGUUGCCUAAAGCCUUACUAUCCAAUGAUUUGUGGUGGAAGGGUCCUCUUUUCUUGCAAUCAAUAAACUACGAAAUUGAAUCUCCUGAUCCGAUAUCGGAUGAUGAAUUGCCUGAGAUGAAAACGACUGCCUUUAUUUCUGCAGUCACCUAUAAUGUUGAUGAUCUUCCCGUUUUCGCCAAAUUUAGCUCCUUUCGUAAACUGCAAAGGGUAAUCGCAUAUGUUCUACGUUUCAUCUCUAACUGCAAAAUUAAGAAUUGUAAUCUCCGCAAUCUGAAACGUCACCUCACUGUUUCUGAAUUCCGAGAAUCGAUGAUUGUGAUCAUCAAGGUGGUGCAGCAUGAAAUCUUAGGAGACGAAAUUAGCCGUAUUGAAAACAACGAACCGUGUAAAAGAAUUGGUUCGCUGAACCCAGUGUACCAGGACGGACUGCUCAGAGUAGGUGGUAGACUAAAAAAAUCGUCUAUAUCAAUCAUGGCCAAACAUCCAUACAUUUUGCCGAGGCACCCGAUUGUCGAUCUGUUAAUACGCGCUUACCAUAUUGAAAACUUACACGUUGGACCAUCGAGUCUACUAGUAAUAAUUCGAGGACGGUAUUGGUUACUGGAAGGUAGAUCUGCUGUAAGGAAAAUCACCAGGAGUUGCGUCACCUGUUUUCGUGCCAAACCAACAAAGGCAAGCCAACAAAUGGGGAAUUUGCCAUCUUGUCGCGUGACACCUGCAUUUCCAUUUGAAGUGACUGGAGUGGAUUACGCAGGCCCCAUAUAUGUCAAGAAAGGCCAACGGAAGUCGAUUUUAGAGAAGGCAUAUAUUGCCGUAUUCGUGUGCAUGGUUACUCGAGCUGUGCACUUGGAACUAGUGUCGAACAUGACCACCGAUGCAUUUAUUGGUGCAUUGCACAGAUUUACCAGCAGAAGAGGGCAGCCCCGUGAAAUACACUCAGAUAAUGGUUCCAAUUUUCAGGGUGCUAAAGCGGAACUGAACGAGCUGUACAGAAUGUUUCGAUCUCAAUAUAGUGUCGAUAAAAUUGAGGGUUUUUGUCAACCAAAGGAGAUAGCUUGGUAUUUUAUUCCUCCUGAGGCUCCGAACUUUGGUGGUCUUUGGGAGGCGGCCGUAAAGAGUGCUAAAUAUCACUUGAAGCGAACUUUGAAAGAUACUCAUUUGACUUUCGAGGAAUACGUGACAGUUUUGACACAGGUUGAGGCUAUAUUGAAUUCCCGACCACUUUAUGCUACGUCACCUGAUGCUGACGCCCCCGAGGUAUGUACACCUGGACACAUUUUACUUGGACGAGCGAUUACCGCCAUCCCGGAACCAAGUUACCAGAAUGUUCCUGUCAACCGUCUUGAUCGUUGGCAGUUUGUACAAAGACUACGAGACGAAUUUUGGAAGAAAUGGAAAAAUAACUACUUGCAAACUUUACAACAACGAACCAAGGACCAAAUAAGGAAGAAUAAUCUACAGCCAGGAAUGAUAGUGCUUCUGGAAGACCAAAAUUUGCCACCAAUGAGCUGGAAAUUGGGAAGGAUUAUGCGGACAUAUCCAGGCUCCGAUGGACUGGUUCGUACAGUCGACGUCAUGGUGGGUAACACUGUUUACAAGCGACCAGUAUCAAGGAUUGCAGUGCUUCCCAUCGAGGAUAAUAUUCAACUAUUCGAGACAAGGGGCACCAACAAUAACAACAACAGCAUCAAGACAUCGAACCACCGCUGCGAAAUUAGCCACACCUUUUUUUCGCGUUCUGCCAUUUCACAUGUUACGUACGAGGCGAGCAGCAGCAGCAGCAGCAGGGAAGAAGAAGAUUUUUACGCUAUAUAA